AAUGCGGAAAAAGGAGGAAGCUCGUUUUAUUGGAUGACGCAGACGUAACGGCGCAGCGUAUUGGCUACAUAGAUUGCCGCUUGUGGACUGCAUGUUUUGAACAUAAAUAAGGGCUACGUUCAACAUUUUGUCUUCGGCAGAGUUUGAAAAGGUCAGAGAGAGUGCGAGUAAAUCGACAGCUCUCUGACAACAAAGAUCAAGUAAGAUGGAUUUCUAAAACAAAUUUCUAACCCCUGGCAUGUGUGAUCUGGACUACUAAAACGUAGAUAUUAUGCAGCAAUCGCCUGGUUAUUUUUCUCAACUUCAAAUAAGAUAAAAUUGAAGCCCCUGUUGCCCGGGUUGCUGCGUGCUUGCUAAUUUGGCUUAACCAUUUGUCGUCUCUUUCGCGCUCGAUUGGAUCCUUAUUUUCAGCGAAAUCAGACGAUCUUUUCCGCAAUGGAUUUUGAGUUUGCUCGCGGCGAUAUUAGCCCUGUAGAUGAUCAUUUCAGCACCGGGCCUGAUUCUGUUUGUCGACCUCACCGACUCUCUCUCCCCGAGCUCGGCCUGAGGGGCUCCCCCUGCAUGAAGAGCCUGUCCUCCCCCGGACCCAUGGCUGUGCUUUCUCCCGUGACUAACCUGGCUCUAAACUUGAAUAAUCUCGCUGUACUUGGAGGACAAUGUGAAACGCCAAAGCGGAAGAAAACACUACCCCUGCUGAAGAUCCCUUCCUUCGCGUCUGAUGUCUCUUCUGAUGCAGGUCUUGGUAUGGAUUCUCCCAGCCCUUUGGACCCUCUGGAUGCUGAGCAGAAAUUUGAGAAAGCCAUACUUGAUUCAUCGAGAAUAGUCAAUGACAGGAAAAUACCUAUUCGCAGGAUACAUUCUUUGCCGGUGCAGUUUUUGGGUCAUAGUCCCAAUUUAAAGAAUAAAGAAUGUGAUGAUUCUCGCUAUGGAGUUUGGACUCGAGGACACGACAGUGCCAAUAAAGAAAACCUGGCUGAGGAUAAUUUUGAGUUCAAGAAGCCUUCCAUGCCUGCAUUUCGCUGCCGCAUGCGCUCUACUGGGGGUGCCAAGGAUGCUUUCGCCUGCCGCCCCAACUCUGCUCCUGCUUUAAUGCUGUCUCCAUCAUCCAAUCAGCAUGACUCUUCCGAUGAGAGCAGUCCCUUCAUAUUGCGACGCUGUCUCGAUGAUGAAGAUGACGAUGGCUUCUUGGAGGGGCUUGAUGAUAUGGAGAAUGACUCUGAUGUUCCACUGGGAAUGGAUAGUCUCCUCACAGCUCCUCUGGUAUCCAAGCAAAGCAUGGACAGUACUGAUUCGCCUGUGAUUCGCUGUCGUCCACGUGGGCUCUUUCGUUCUCCCUCCAUGCCUAGCCCAGGAGUGCGUGUCCCACUGAAGAGGUCAGAGAGGCCUCAAGAUGAGAAUACACCCAUGAGAGUGAAGAGGCGGCGGAGCCUGGCAGGGACACAAAUUGCUCCUACAGAGCAGGAAGAUGUCAUGCCCCAUCAGGUUCAAAGGUCAAAGUCAUUUAAUCACUCACAGAUUGAAAGAAUGUUGGAUAUAGAUCCCACUAAUGUGAUUGGCGAUUUCACCAAGGCUCCUGCGUUACCCACAGUAUCUGGAAGACACCAAGAGCUGAAAUACAUCACUCCUGAGAUUAUGGUUAAAGCAAUGAAUGGUCAAUAUAAUGAUCUGGUGGAAAGGCUGUUUGUCAUCGAUUGUCGCUAUCCGUAUGAGUAUGAUGGCGGCCAUAUUAAGGAUGCCCUCAACUUUCAUCAUGAAGACCAACUUGAAGACCACUUUUUACGGAAUCCCAUCCUCCCCAUGUGCCCCGAGAAGCGCGUCCUGCUGGUUUUCCACUGUGAAUUUUCGUCCGAGCGUGGCCCACGCAUGUGUCGCUACGUUCGAGAGAGAGAUCGACUUUUGAACGAGUAUCCCAACCUCCAUUACCCUGAACUGUACAUCCUGAAGGGUGGCUACAAGGAGUUUUUCCCACUACACAAGUCUGCGUGUGAGCCCCAGGAUUACAGGCCGAUGGCUCAUGAAGACUUCAAAGAAGACUAUAGAAAGUUCCGCCUUAAAAGCCGCACCUGGUCUGGAGAACGCAGCAAGAGAGACAUGUAUAGCCGUCUCAAAAAACUUUGAGACACGUGCGCUUGUUCAUGAGUUAACUACCUUUUAAUUGCAUAUACACUGCCCUCUCACACAAGACAUGGCAGGGAUGUGGAGAGGUGUAUUUGAAGGGAUUUGUUCUGUUGGACAGUUGUUUUCAGGGUUUGAUUUUGUCAGAGUUUACAGGAUGCCAUUAAUCUUGCCCUAACCUUCUGAACUGAUCCCAUCACUGCCAUUCAUUUCCCGCCACCUUGAUCCCCCUUUAGAAACGCGUCACUGCCAUGUUAAAUAUACGCAUAAUUUUAACUGUCCUAUAAUAUUUUUACUCCUGUUUCGGUCACAUUUUAAAAAACCAAUUUAACUAGGUAUCUUCUGCUGCGCACUUUGUUAAACCAUUGUUGUAAUGAAGUGUUUUGUAAUUUUGCCCCCUUUUAAUUUAAUUGUCUUUUGACCAGUAAAGUAGCUGUAAGUAAGACUGGAUAAUAAUUACAAUAAUUGUUAUAAAUUUAAGUUUGCCUCAUGUCAUUAAUCCAUUAUGUACAUUUUCAUUCCAGAAUAAUGUUAAUAAUUUUUACCUCUGUUUUUGGUUGAGUGUUCUUUUAGUGAAACCAGCAAGAUUUUAUUUUUCACUCAAACUAUUAACUUGACUGACGGCUUUAACUCGGGACUUUUGCUGCUGGUCAGCAAGUGAUGACCAUAUUGAUGUUCACUCCUUGUUCUAAAACUGAAUUUAGGCUUUUAUCCAUUAACCAAAUUGACAGUUUAUUUUCUUACUCCCCUGAAAGUCCAUAUAUUUUGUUAAUUUACAUACCUGUUUUUUUAUUGGUUAUGAGGCUGGUUUAUGUAUUCCUGAAUAAAAUGGAGUUGAAACUAGGGGUGAAAACUGAAA